AUGUCAUUCCGUCCCUUGAUCCGACGGGCCGUGGCGGUCUUCCGUCGCUCCUCGGCCGACAGGGAGGAGGCUGCGACUUCUUCGGUGGACACCGGGGUCGACGUCGACCGGAGCCAUGUGCAGAACAGCAAGACAGACGGGGAGCGGACUCCCCAUCCUGAAGAGGCACUCCCGAACAACGGUGCCGAGUUGCCUGGCGUUCCCUAUGAUGAACUCCAGUCGGGUGUUCAGCAGGCUGAGGCCGUCGCUGCAACCUGGUCUAAACCGACACUUGUCUUCGUCUUCAUCAACAUCUGGUUCCUCUAUUUCGUCUACGCUUGGGUGUCAUCGGUAAACACCAGUUUGAGCUCUUAUGUCGCCAGUUCUUUCCAGCAGCACUCUCUUUCCGGUCUUCCAACGGCUGUUGCCGAUGCCUUCUCUGCUGCAGUCUUCCUGCCCGUGGCCAAGAUGAUGGACACCUGGGGCCGUGCGGAAGGUUUCUUCCUCAUGUCCCUCUGCGCGACCAUCGGUCUCGUCCUUAUGGCCAGUUGCGACAGUUUCGCAAUCUACUGUGCCGCUAAUGUGUUCUACUACUUUGGUUUCAGUGGUAUGGAGUUCUGUGUGGACGUCAUCACCGCUGAUAUCUCCCAAUUGAAGAACCGAGCCCUUGCGUACGCCUUCACCUCGUCUCCGUAUAUCAUCACUGCCUUUGCUGGACCAAAGGUGGCGGAUCAGUUCUACGCUCACACCGGUUGGCGAUGGGCCUACGGAACCUUUGCCAUUAUCUUCCCGGUCGUUGCUGCCCCUUUGUUCUUCGUCUUGAAGUUCAACCUGGCGAAGGCUAAGAAGGGCAAUGCCGUGGUUGUCAAAGAGAACAGUGGACGCAACUUCUUCCAGAGUGUCUGGUUCUGGAUUCUUGAAUUCGACGUGAUCGGAGUUUUUAUCUUCACUGCUGGUCUCUUGCUCUUCGAGAUCCCCUUCGAUAUCGCUAGCGAGGCACCAGAAGGCUGGGGCACCGACUAUAUCAUUGCCAUGAUUGUCGUCGGAUUUUCAAUGCUCUUCUUCUUCAUCCUCUACGAACGAUUCAUUGCCCCGACCCCUCUGCUGCCCUAUCAAUUCCUCACAAACCGCACAGUUGUCGGUGCUUGCCUUUUGGAUGCAACCUACCAACUUUCCAACUACUGCUGGAACAACUACUUCCAAAACUUCCUCCAGGUUGUUAACGACCUGAGCAUCGCAGACUCCGGAUACAUUGUGAAUACCUUCGACGUCGUCUCUGGCGUGCUUCUUUUCUUCGUGGGAGCAGCCAUUCGCAAGACCGGUCGCUUCAAGUGGCUCCUAUACAUCUCUGUCCCAUUGUACAUUCUCGGACAGGGUCUCAUGAUCCAUUUCCGUCGCCCCGAUCAAAAGGUCGGCUAUCAGGUCAUGUGUCAAAUCUUCCUAUCCGUCGGUGGAUCGAUCUUCAUCAUUGUCGAGCAGCUCGCUAUUCUGGCUGCUGUCGACCACCAGCAUGUCGCCACGGCACUGGCUUUGCUCAACGUUGUUGGAACCAUCGGUGACUCUGCAGGUCUUACCAUCUGCACAGCAAUUUGGAGCAACACUUUCAGGAAAGCCCUCAUCGCUAGGCUGCCGGAUCUUUCGAACCUGGACGCCAUUUACGAAGAUGUCAAUACUCAGCUGAGCUACGCUGUUGGUACUCCUACCAGAAUUGCUAUUCAAGAUGCAUACAGCUACACCCAGAUCAGAUUGCUCGCUACUGGCUUGGGUAUCAUGGUUCUUGCCUUCGCAUGGACCAUCAUGAUCAAGGACAUCAACGUUAAGAAGGUGGCCCAGGUCAAGGGUGUGGUGUUCUAA